AUGAGGAUCCAGGGACAGCCUGAGGGUGCGAGGAGGCGUCUGGAUUUGAACUCAGUCGGCGAGCUUAGGGGUGUGGAGGUCAUCCGGAGUCGGGCAGGAUAUGGCUUUACUAUCUCAGGACAGAGGCCGUGUAUGUUGAGCGGCAUCCUGGAGGGAAGUCCCGCUGACCUGGUGGGGCUUAAACAAGGGGAUCACAUCAUGGCAAUUAAUGGAACUGACGUGUCCGCUUCAGCGCAUGAGACUGUAGUGCAGCUGAUUGGUAGCUGCAAAGGACCCUUGCAGCUGGUGGUGCAUGCAGAGGGACGGAUCAUGGGGAAUCCGAUUCUUAAUGAUGCAAAAUUUGGGAGUGGUCGUAAAAGUGGGAUUUACCAAAAGGCAGCUGUUCUCCGCACUAUCUCGGAUGAUUCAAGCAAUUCAUCCUUUAACUCAAGUGCUGCUGCCCACAUCAAACAGAGGCCGGUUUCUGAGCCUGAUAUGUCACUGUGGGCUCAAAACUGGAACUCUUUAGCGGAUCACCCAAAGCAGGAAGCACCCAGAGAGGGGGACACAGAUUCUGUGUUUGCAGACUCAGAGGAAGUCAACCAAGAGUGGAGUGUUUUAAACAUGACUUUGGUGGUGGGCUACCUGAGCUCCACAGAACUCAUUUUAAACACGACAGAAUCAGAGGAGGACUGUUUGAAAGCCAUCAGAGAGCGGAUCCGACAGUUAGGAACAGAACAGAGCACCCACACUCUUGUCAUGAUGAGAAUCAUGUUUGACUGCGUGCGACUUUGUGAUGAUGCGGGAGCUGUUUUAGCCGCCUUUCCUAUCGAAAACCUGGUUUUGGGGGCUGUUUGUGCUGAAGACCCUCGCUUCUUUUGCUUGGUCACUACAGCACACAUAAUAAAUGGCAGAGUACCCGAGGACGGUCCCUUGCGGGCUUCCUGCCAUGUGUUCUUUAUUGAUCCAGAACUUGGAAACCAUCAGGACCACAUUGGGAUUGCUGGACGUUUUGGUUUUGACUGCACACCAGACCCAGACGCUGAAGGCUGCCUGGAGUUUCCUCUGACCCCACCAGAUGUUCUUCACUUUGUCACAGUCCUCUACAGUGACAUGGGGGAGGCUGUGGAGAAGCUUCGGGUCAGACUGGACAUGGAGGCUCAGCAGCAAGCCAAGGAGAACGGCAGCACUGGUAAGGAAGGCAGCGCCAGCAGCAAUGGGGACAGCGGCAUUGGAAAUGCGUCCCCUCCUGAGGAGAGAGCAGAUAGGGAUUUCCCUUCUGUGAUCCAUAACCACCCUGGGGCCCACCUACCCAGCUGUCCAUGGGAUUGUCCUACGUCUGAAGACCUCACCCCAAUAAAUCUCUCCAAGAACGGCCACAAACCUAAUCCAGACACCAGUUCCAGCACACAUUCCCUUUCAGAGUCCUUACCAGGCCCGGACUCUCUCACUAGCUUUUACGGAGGUCCCCCACCUAGGCUCGAAUUCCAGUUCAAACCCCCACCACCUCCUCUACCUCUGAGUAAAAAAACAAACUUCUUCGCAGAUCCCCUCAGGAGUAGUCAAAGAUGGUUCUCCAAGCCAAAGUGGCCAAAAGCACAAAGUAGCGACCCUGUGCCUCAGGAGACAUCCAGUUACAACAACUGGUCCUCUGGCGUUAGCCACAGCGUUAGCAUGAAUAACCUUCCUCCUCCCAUGAACCAGAUUCCCCCAAACAGGUACCGGUCUGCGGAGGUCAUGAUGAUGCCUCCCAGAGAGGAGUGGACCAAACGGUUCCUUGAACAGAGAGAAAAGCAGCGGAAAGAUGCUAAAAAUGUAAGUGUUGUGAUUGUAAAACUUCCAAUAACAAGUAGUAGAUCAUUUCCUGUCGUUUCUAUAGCUUGAAUCUGUGAAAAUACAUCAGCAUCUAUUUUUGCAUUGUGAGAAAGCUUUUCACCCACUCGAUCUUUGAAAAUGUUGCCCUUUGUUUACGUGAAUUCCUUGUGCCAAAACCGCCCUAUUGUUAGAGCAGUCCUACUGAGACAAAAGCAUCUGUUUCUCUGCUUCACUCAAGUUUAACACAGCCGCACAGGAAGUAUUAAAUGGUCACACCGAGUUGAGUUUCCAGACACCGAGGGCGUGUUUGUAGUGGCACCUAAAAUGAAACACAAUACCACUAUUUCAACGUUCAAUUGGUGCUGAGUGUGAAUUGAGCACCUGUUGUGAGUCAAUGAUGUCAUUGUCCUGAACCUGUGAAAGGAAGGACACUGAUUUUUUUUUUAUGCUGCUCUCUGUUUUGCCCACAAGAUGGCCCUGUGCAUCCACGCAGCCCCGGGAUAGAAACCACAAGCCUCCCUUAGGAAAUCAGUGAUGUGUCUGUGUGUGUGUAAUUAGUUUCUUAGUCAUAAGUGCCUACAAUCAGUUAUUCAUGCGAGGUUUUCAUACAUGACUGAAAAUCAAAAGUCAGUUAGUUCUGUUGGAUUAGCUGCAGAUGUAGAUCCGGCUGUUUCAGAGCUUCCUUUUAUGCAUUUAUUGGUCUUUCGGCUGCAUGUAAGGCAGUACUUUGUUGUGUUUAUCAAUCAGAGUUUGUUGUGUCCUUGUCUCCCAGCUUGUGUUACAUCAGACUACAAUCUUGUUACAGGAAGCCAGGCAAAUUACAGGGUAGAGCCAUUCAUGCCAUGCAGCGGUCAUUAUCUGCAACUCUUGUUCAAAUGCAGGACACAGCCUCCGCAGUUAUAAGCGCAGGGGGGUGGCGGUUUAAGCUGCAACUGCUUUUCUGAAGUUGAAGCCACAAGAGGAGAGCUGGUCAAAGACUGAGCUGUUAAAACACUGCUUUUGUCUAUGUGUCUUUGAAAAAGGGGCCAGUGUAGUUCUGUCUUUUUAUUCAUAUUAUAAUUGCCGCAGAAUAACCAAAGAGUCAACCUCACAACUUUUCUUUACUUUUGGAUUUUUAAGCUUGUGGGUGAUAUGAUUUGGUGUGCAAACUUUUUGAGAUGAAUCCACUUUUCUGGUCUAAUGAUCGACAAAAUUUAAUGCUUUGCUGACAAUCAGCUUAUUCACAAAGGUUAAUCUUGUUGUCAUGAAAUGCACAUUGUUAGUAUUGGUCUUGUCUUAGUUUGCACUACUUUUUAUCCUGCAGGGCUCCAGGUUUUGGGGUAUGGGUGUCGUCCGCGCCUCUAAACGCCGCUCAUCCAAACGCCUCAGCAUGGCCCGAUCACUUGACGACCUCGAGGUAGGCGCUAAGUUUUUCAUUGUUUUCAUAGGACUUGAUUUUUGUUUUGUUUUCCAAAUCGUGUACUGUCUCUUUACAUGAUUGCUGCAUAAACAAGGGGAAUCAGCAGCCUUUUGUAGAUGAUGAGAGUUACAAUAUUCAUGAUCAUUUUCUGUUCCUCCCUCUUCGCCUGACUGCAGCAGAGUAUGCGUCACUAAUGUGGACAUUCACUGAACCAUCCCCCUUUCUCUCUCUGCUCCACAUUCAGCUCUUUUUUAACCUUUCAUUUCCGUCGCCUUGAACUCUGCGUUUUGCUGCUGCACUUGUGGCACGAGGUGGCUCACAAAGUGCUCUUUGUGUGGGCCAGAGCCGUGCUCCUGUUUGUUUGGCCUCGCUAAUGAGCGCUGCUGCGCGGCUGAAUAUUGCGCUCACAUUUUCUCAUAUUAAUGUCGCUGAGGAACUUUUUUUUUUCUUUUCCCCCAUGCACGCAUUACUCAUGCACACUGAUUCAUAUUCACAUAAACACACGCACACUGUUCCUACGGCUCAUAAUUGCUUUGAAAGCACAUGAACAGACACAAAGACAAACUGAGAAUGGGGCAUACUGUAUCGUGGGUCUACGCAGGCAUUAGUCACAGCCGCACACAGACACACCCGGAGACCACACAUUGUACCAAAAGCAGGACACCACAGAUCUCCACGCUGACAAGCAAUGUAGUCGAUACGCUCCAGUUUCAGAGCAAGUCUGCCCCGCAUCUUAAAAGGAUUACACAUGGCUGUAAAAGGUUAUGACAGCUGCAGAUUUGCUGUUUGCACACAACUUUUAUCCUGUCUCUCAUUGUUGAUUUACUGUAGACUCAUGACUGUAGGGUGGUAAUGUUCUUGGAUGAAAGUGCACCAAAUCCCAAUACACUUUCCACUUUUUUAUUCCUCUAUGUCCACACUGGAAGACAGUGCUCAGAGCUACUUUAGAGUUGUCACAAUACCAGAAUUUCUAACUUCUAAAUGAUACCAAUGAAAAUGUUAUCAUAUUGGCACCUGUUGAGAUACCACAGCAACAAAAAAUGGGUGCCUUCUGGUUUUAUUACCUUUUCCAACACUGUAAGCAGAGACCAGCAUUUUGCUUUCUGACGGAUAAAGUUUCAUUUUCAGUUUCACUGCUUUAUUUUCAUGAGCGCUUCCUUCGCUUUGUCUCUAAGUAACUCAACCACCGCUGUUCCCUCUCUUUCACUCGCUGCAGCUUUGGAUUGAAGAUUCGACCCAAGCUCGGUUUUUUUCAUAAGCCUUUUUAUGCACUGUUAGAAUUGUUUGAAAGCGUGUGGUAAUCAGAACUCAUAACCUUUCACAUCCUUACUUUCCUGUGAGGUUACAAACUUUCACACAUGUUUUCUGUGAGUGGUUGAGAUUUGUUGCUCUAUGGGUUGCCAUGGUUAUUACUUUUGUACAGUCACAAAUGAGCUUUGUACAAGAGGAAAAUUACCAUUGUGGCAUAAAACUGAUACAGCUGUUGUGGAGGCAUCGUAAUGAGAUAUUCUUGCUCUCUGUUAAGCUGAAAAUGUGAAGAACUGGAGCCUCGGGCUGUUGAAACCAGUUUUCUAUUUGACACCCAUUAUGUGGAGCUACUUUUCACAGAACAAACCGACAUUGGUGGUGUAAACUGGAUGCUCUCACACUUGUAGCUUUGUGUCGAGUUCUCUCCCUCACACCUCAAGUUUGCUCUGUUACACAAUGUUUGCACAUCUGUAAUACCUGGACUUCACACCUCAACUCUAUCAGGAGCCCCAGCAGGGAAGGAGAGACACGUUCAAGCUGAUGUUAAAUGAUGGAGGUUUCAGUCAAGUCAAAAACACAUAAGCCUUUCAUCAUAGGAGCAUCGUGGGUAAUUUUUCGUCCAUACAGGGUCAGGUUCUGACAUGUUGGCUAGCUGAAAUAAUUGGCCGCAGUUGGGUUUUUCAUUACAGGAGAAGAAUCUGCAGUUAAAAAACACAAAGAAAUCCCCAUGAGGACUUCAGGGCCUAUGUCCAUUACAGAGAGGUGGUCAAAGGGAUGUUGCCUGAUGAUUUCCUACUCAACUUAGUUGUAGCAAGAGGCAGAGAGGAGAAGUUGAAGCAGGUCUUAAAAGCCAGGGGAUAACUUGAUAACCUCGCAGCAGUAAACGCCAGUGAAAAGCGUUCUUAAAUUGAGACCCAGGCACAGGCCCUUAAGUUGGAGUAUGAAACAAAGUACCCUAGAAAGGUAACGCAUGUACAUCAUAAGAGACAUUUAAAGACACUUUCAAGUCUACCCAAAGGAGUCUCUACAGUAUUAUGCUGUGAAGAAACUAUGUGAUGUAUUUACUUAUAUACAUACAUCUUUGCUACAAGAUUACAUUCAAGCAAGAUUAAAUUCUUCAUGCCACAUCCGUCUGAAAGGCAUGACCACUGUGACUAAUCAAGACCACUAAUUUACCUCAUGUAGUUUUAAAUGAUGGCAGUUCUGUAGAUUCCUGCUAAUAUCACCAUAGGGAAUGUUUCAUGGUUGUCAAAGGCAAUCAGAUCCUCACAUGGAACUUGGCCUCGGUGUCUUAUUUCAAGGGCAAACUUCACCCUGACUUCAUGGUCAUAGAUCAGAUGGUGCACUUCUAAAAGCCUCUCCCACAGCAAACCAGCAGCAUCACAAAUUAGACUUUACUCUUUUGAAGACUUACACAUGGUCAAAAGCUGGUUGUUUUACUUUUUAGCAAAAGAUUUCAAGAGCUACUCGUGUUUCUGUUCAAAGCACUCAGACGCAGAAAAAAAAGAACGACCAGAAAAAAGGAAUUCCAUUCGCUCUUGAAGGUUGUGCUCCACUUCAGAGACGAUGCAGAAAUACCAUCAACCUAUCAUGCCUAUUAAGGCCUAAAACAGCUGACCUUAAAUGCCUCUUUGCUCAUUCAAGAAAAAUAGUGCCUGUUUGAACUGGAGAGUAUGAAGUGUUUUUCCUCUGCAGCUCUUUCUGAGUUGGUUAUUGUUGUGGAGGUUGUCUCAGAGGACUGCUCUCAUGGCACAUUUUGCAAACAUUCGUGAUAAGCUCUGAGUAUGUGCUUGCACCUGGACUAGGGAGUGCAUACUGAGCUCUUGAAACUCCCUGUUUGGAGCCUUUUUGGAUGCUUUUUGUCGUGUUUCUCCUUCCUUGAGUGACAUUUAAGUACGGCUUGCUGGGCAGUAAAACGAGAACAAUAUAUAUUUAAAAUUAAUUUCACUCAAUAUCAAUAUAAAACAUGGUCAAUUUGCUUUUUGAUAGUCAGCAGUCUGCUUUGUAUUGGUAGAUUAUACGUAAUAGCCAAUGAAAAGGGGAGUUGCUCUGGGUCCGCUCCGCGCUGAACCAGUCAUGUGUUGAAUUAGAACCAAGUAGCAAACAACUGCAUAGUAGCAGGGUGCAGCUACACGCAACCAUAGCACUUAAACACAUGAAGCCGACAGCAGUGUCUGUGAUAAAAAAAAAAAAAAAAGAAAGAUAAUGAGUGCUACCCCCGGCAGAAAUGAAGAUUCAAGGUCCAUCCACACCGGGAACGACACAAAUAUACGACACAAAAUGACGAAAUAUUCAGAGGCGAAUUUCGACGCACCUGACUAUACACAUCAAGCGCGAUGCGAAUUUGCAACUUCGCAAAAAAGACGCGUUCCGGGUGGAAGUGAGGAGACUGACACAACAGCAGACUGACUGUUUUUCAGUUCUGAUUAGACACUAGUGUUUAGAUGGUAAUGUCCGUGCCGAACCCGUGCAGAGGGCUCUGCGGCGGUGUGGCAACUGGUCGGGCGUUUGUCCUGCUUUGAUUACGGCACGUUGUAUGGUAACAUACCGCCACUCCGACAAUUAGAAACCAAUGGCGAGAUGUCGGAAUGGUGGUUGCUCCCCGCCACGCAGCAGAGCACUGGCAAUGCAAAAGGUUACAAACCCCGAGCAAAGCAAGGAGCCCAUGGCACCUGUGCAGCCAAAACAGCCGACCAUUCAGUCCACUUUCUCUAGCGCAGCGCCUUACGACAAAAAGGACUCUUGAAUUAUAUUUCUUAUAUCGUGAUAUAUAUCAAUAUCGUUUGAUACGAAGAAAAACAUAUCAUGAUACUUUUUCUCAUAUCGCUCAGCCCUACACUAAAGUAAGGCAUUGAAAAGGUGACACUGUGCUAUGUCAUUUGAGAUGUUGCUGCAUGGGAGAAUAUCUCUGAUUGAUCAUUUUCUAUACUCCAGAUGCCGGAUAAGAAAUUUAGAGCGCCUCUACUCCCCUUCAAGAAUUAAGUUCCUCCUCUCCCAUUAGGUGCGGAGACAUGAGUAGCUCUUGUUUGCACGCCUGCGGGAAAUAGAUCCAUCCUGUGGGCGUAGCAAAAGAAGGCACGGAGACAGAUACUGGGAGGGAAGGAGGAGGAAUUUACAGCGAAGAGAGAGAGAGAGAGUGAGAGGGAAGAGAGAGAGAGGGAGCUUUUGAACUCCCAGUAGCUGUCAGGAUUUCGGCUCUCCCUCACGCUCCCUCCUCCUCCUCCUCCUCCUCCCGGUUCCUUCUCUGUCUCUCCGCACUGCAAACACCAAUUCGCACACGCACCGCGGAGCCUCGGCGGAUGGACUCGUUUACGCACACCGGGCGUGUGGAGCAGCAGCGCUGAAGGAAAACACACGCACACACACGGCGCCAUACAUGGAGCAAACUUUAACUCUCAACUCUGUAAGUCAUGAAAAAAUCUGUGUUUUUUUUUCUUUCCUGUCUGUCUCUUCUUUUCCCAUCUUCGUCGGCAUCUCCCCCCUUCACCACCGUUACUUUUCCCCUCUUUGGGCUCUUUGUAGCUCCUGUUGUAGUCUUUGAGCGGCGUACAGUGGUUAGUUUGUGUGGUCUGUCAGAGGAAUGUUUUGACCAGUGCCAGCUGAACUCUCAUGUGCUGUAUGAAACACACACACGCACACACUGCGCCGCUGUAAAGAGCGAAUUGCGGUCCAGCAUCUAUAUCAGGAUGCGCGCUGACUUCAAAUUAGACGCCGCACUGAAAGGGUUUUGUGAAGUGACCCGGGAUCUUGUUAACUGCACAUCAAGGGCUGCUUAUGGGGCCUUUGAAUGAAGAGUGCUCUGAAAUGACCCACGUUUGAUUCAGCGUGAGAGAGAAACCGUGUUUAAGGUUGUUCCUUUUGAAAGAAAUAUGUUCAGAGGAUUUGUAUUCUUGGGCGAUCACAUAACAGCCUCAACUGAGUUUGAACUUGACAAGGUUGCUGUGGUUUUGCCUUGCCCCUGUUGGCUUUGUGCAGGCAUGCCCGCGCUCUGAUUCACCAGCCUUUUAUUCACUUAUCUUUCAGAAACACAUUUUUUUGUUGCUGUUGCGAGAUACCUCUUGUUGAGACAUUCUGGGUAAAAGAAACACAGUAUAUUUGAGCAAACAGCCUAUUUGCACCCAGAAGUUGACUAAUGACCUUUAUUAAUAUUGUAAUAGCUGCUAAAAUUAGACGCCACCCUUCAUCAGAUCAAUCCCUCCCUGUACUUUUCGAUGCGGGUGUUAUGACUUCAGAAGAGGAGCAGAGAUGUUGUGUUCCUGGGGAUUAGCAGGAGAACACGACGCACUUUUAUCCUGCUGACAUCACAUGGCCCGCCUUGGAGUGUGGGUGGACAGUAUCGCUCACGAAGUGUGUCCUUAGGCUAGCAUUAUAGCUUGACAUUUUCCAAAUGUCCCCUCUACUAUUUUCUCUUCUUUUCACCCACAUAUAUAAGAGUUUUAUAGCAAUCACACAGACUCCUCUCUCCAAACCCAACCAAGUGGAAAAGCAGAGCAUUAACAUGAGAAAACUUAAAUGGAGGUUCCUUAACUGUCCAGCUGCUCCGGGUAUGAAUCUGCAACAGCCAGUAACCAGAUGACCAGAUGUGGAUGUGGUUGCUGACUUUGCUUUCUGACCCAAAUGUAACCACGGAAAAUACCCGCCGCUUCACGAUCUCUGGACCGAGACAAGCUGCAGAUCCAGUCCAAUGCUAUGACAUCAUCCGCCGACUUUCAGGAUUAUGAUUUUUUUUAUUUUUUUAGAAAAACCACACAGCUCUCCAUCUUCCACCCCGCUGAUCGGCCAAAGGAAGGCCUGGUCUGAACCUGGCCCAAAAGUCUUCAUAGAGUGAUUCAUCCCCCGCACACUGUUUACCUUCCCAAAUCGUACUAUUAUUACAUUUCUUUGCUCCGCUGAAAGGGAAUCUGCCAAGGGUGUGGAGGUUACCCAACAAGGAACAUCUUCAGAGCUGCCAGAGUGUUUUAUCACCUCACUGGUAACCGUUUAGACAUGUCUGGGAUCUCAUCGUGUACAACUUUGUACCUCAUACCAGAAGCUCAUGUCUUUGAGGUGUUGCUCAGAGGGAUUGGAUAUUUUCGAACAGGAGGGAGACUAUUUAAGUGUUUAUAACUAGUAUCUUUCUGACCCAAAAACCAAGCCAAGGUCUCUUCGCCCUCGCACUGUGGAAAUCAAAAACACGGAUUAUCUGAGCGGCCAACUUCUUCUCCCAGUGAUAUUAUUGAAGGAUUGGCUUGGCGCUUUACUUUGGCAGUCUAAACACUAACUUCCCCUCAUGAACUAUUUCUAUAACAUCUUCAUCCUGUGGUCAGCAUGGAGAAAUGUGAUCCAUCUGUUUGUAUAGCUGGGUUACUGGGUUAUUGUGUGACCUCAUUGCUUUGGUACAACAUUUCACAAUGUGUUACAAUAUUUCUAUAGGCAGCGGUUGAAGGUUGCUCUAUAGAAAGAUGCCUGUUUUACUAGAUAUUAUUAUCCAAGUUAGAUUAACUGGUUAACAUCUAAGUGUUAGCACAGUUUCAUUCAACUUGAUCUGAUAAAUCAUGUUUGUUAUGAGCCAUUUUCAUGCUGAGAAAUUACAUUAACUAUGAGUAUUGAUCUCCACAAAUCAAGUUUCUAAUCAUGUGAUAAUAUUCAUAGAUGGUAAAAGCGAUGAGAUUCUAGCAUCUCCUCAAUUAGCAUCAAUAAUUCUAAUAACAAUAAAAGUAAAUCUAGUUGUAACAGAUGGAGUCAGGCAGGCAGCAACAGCAGGUGGUCCAUAUAACAACUUCCCACAGGAGCCUAAAAGACAGGGUGCUCAAAAACUAUGGUGGCUAUAUAAACCUAUAGUUAGUGAUGUGAUAAGAUGUAUGAAUACAAAGUUAGAGACAUGCAUUACAUGCCAUCCAAAAGCCCUAAAUUUAGAGGGAUAAACUCUAUGAGCCAAACUCAUCUUUCCAUAUUUCAUGGUCUCGCUCAACAAGCUCAGGUUCUCUGCGUGACUAAAAGGAUUAGACUUAAGGGUGUAAGGUUUUGGUGGACUUAGACAGCAAGUCAAUAACGGCAGCAGAACCCCCCCAGGAGGCAGAUGUUUCUGUAUAUCAUGGCCUUAUCAUGACACAACAAAUGGACCCAAGCUCCCAGACUGGACAACCCUGAGCAUUUGUGUAAGUUAGUUUUGUGGAAAAAACAACCGGGGGGACUGACUGGGCUAAUUAUACGUGUCAGGUUUCAGGUUGGAAAGUCCAUUUCUGGUGUUUUUUAUGGAAGAGAAAGGGAGCAGAAACAGGGUGUGGUGGCAUCUUAUGUGGUUUUACCCACCUCAGGCCCUCCAGGCUCGAGAGAGCAAAGCCUUUACUCUGUGAUAAUAAAUCGAGAAGGGAGGGGUCGUGGAUGUAGUGUCUGCCUCACAUUCUUUUUUUUUUUUGUGCAGGGUUCAGCUUUGAAUCAAACGUGCUUAAACUGUUCUGUUUUAUAUUUCCUCCAAUGUUAAACAAACUGGAGUCACUUUUUUUCUCUCUAUUUCGUCAGUGCAACAAAAGAAGUUCACAUUUUAUUGCCAUGCAUGCUUGUAGUGCUCCAGUGCCAGAGGUUAAGAUCAGAAUUUACAUUUCUGCUCUGGGUUGUAAAAGGCAAAUUAUGAUAUCAGGUUGGAGCGCCAAGAUCCUGACCCUGCAAAAAGUAGGGCAGCAAAGGCGAAAAGGUAAACAUCUCCAUUCAGAGGAAUGCUGGUACUCCCAGCAACAAGUGGCUAACGCACACAUUCGCACACAAACACGCUCACACACACCAGCAGCGGUGAACAAAUCAUGGUAAUGCCACUUUAAUCCAGAAAGGAGCAGAGCUGUGCCCAUCUGCUGUGGCUAACCGGUUAGAGUUUGGGAACAGGGAGUAGAUUACCGCCGAUCAGGAGGGAUUAAGAGAUGAAACGAAUUGUGACGGUGGUCUGUGUUUGCAUGCAAAUCACUGAUGUCUUAAAGGGCACUGAGAACCACCAAUUUGUUAUCUGACGGGAUUACACUUUAAAGACGUCUCAGCACAAAUCUGGACUCUGGUGGAUCGGAGCAUCCCUGCAUCUUUGUAAUAUUUAACCAUUUUUGAUUAGAGCGGAGAAGACAAACAUGAGUCCUUUAAGUCCUGUAAUGUGGGGUCAUCCGCUGAGUGGAUCACAUGACAAGAUCACACCUGACUGUCUACUCUGUGGAAGAUAUGAUGGUAAACAACACAAUCAAUGAGAGUGCCUUAUAACAAGUGUUUUUUCCUGUUAAAUUAGCAAAUAUACAAAGAAAUUAUGUUAAAAAAUGAUAAAAAUGUGCCACUUGGGCUUGGUAAAUUAACCCAAUCUUUUAUUUUCCAUGUUUCUAAGAAAUGUUUGCAGAGCAUGGACAAAAAUAAAAAAACCCAGACAGAUUUUUAUUGUUUGGAUUUGAAUCACAUCUUAAUCACAUGGCUGCUUUAUUUCUCGGUUAAAAUCCAAAUCUAAUUCUUAAAAGACUUUGACCAUGUGAAACUUUGUUAGAUCAUAAGUGAAUUGAAACAAAACACACUGGCCCUUCUGAUAAAAUCACAGUUCCUCAAUGUGCCAUGACAGUAGCCCACAUGUUUAAGAUGCCUUAUGUCUGUCUGAGUUUACAUCUGAGGGAACUUCAUCUAUAGACGUAACGGAGAUAAGGAAUCUAAGGGGAGGAUAAUUGUGGUCAUGUUGUUUACAAUUCCUGUCCCUUUAGCAUCACAUAAGCGUGCUGACCUCAUCAGAUCCUUGCUAAUGUGAUGGAGUCUGUCAGAUUUGCUGUGACGAACAAGAUUUUCCACAGUAAAAACACUAGAUUCCACUGUUUGCCUCACACAAAUCCAACACAUGCCUGUCUGUCCUCUCUGAUAUUGUCAGAGGAGUUUCCUCGGUCGGGAAACAAACGUCUCUUCCAUCUUAUCAGUCACCGCACCCUCGCCCUUCUCUCCCGCAGAGGAAGUUGCCUCUGUGCAAUUCUCUUUCUUGAUGUUAUUUUCAGAAGGCAGUUUGUCGUCGGCCGCAGAUAGCAGGCCCAGAUUAUUCCCUGUCCUCAGUCGAGAUUGCCCAGUGGAGGAGUUGACACGCAAUUAGCCGGGUCUUGUGACAAGCAGUGCCAAGCCUGUCUGGAAAUGUUUCACUAAUUGAUUAAAUCAAAUGACGGCUGAGAGCUGAUGUGAAAACUCUUCUCUCUGUGGCAGCAGAUUCUUUUUUUUCCCCCUCCCUUCGUUCCAAAAACUUCAGCAGGAGGUAGAAAAAUGCUUUUCCUGGAGGUGCUUUUGGUUUGAAGAGUCCCAACAUGCUUUGCCCUUUUGGUGUGCUUAGAAAUGGCUGCUGUGAACACUCUGCCUCAGGGAGGUCAGAGGGCAAAGGUAGAGCUGGGGGCUUGAAUUUUCUCUGUUCAAUGAGUUUGUGACCACAGAUGACUCAGCUCUGUAGCAUGAAUAGCUUUUGAUAACAGCAUGAAUUCAUCUGCGCAUUAAGGCACUCACACUUACUGUGGUGCAUUUCCGCCUCAUAGCAUUGAAUGUACACUAUGUAAUCAUCCUGUAAGUGUUAUUUUUAAAGACAUCUAUACAGCUGGUGCACUGAAGCACAUCAGUAUGUUUUAUUUAAUCAGCUCGUUACUUGUGGAGUAUCUAAUGGAGGAAUAUGUUACCUGAAAAGCUUGAGUGGUAUGUCUUCUGUUAAAAGCAAAGGACCGCGACUGUAAAUGCACGGUUUUAACAUAUGCGAAAAUUAAACUUUUAAAGAGAAAACCCCUGAUCUGAGAGGCCGUGACCCAGCAGGUAAGUUAGAUUAAGUUCCAUCAAGUUUUCAGGAAGUGUCUCUUUUUGUCAGCUGGUAGAUGGUUCUUGACACCUACUUCCUGAUAUGAACAAACAUACAUAAAGUUAAGUCCUAGUGCAUGAUUAUAAUUGAUCAAACUUCUUAUAUAUUCAGAGCAUGUCUAUCCUUACCCUUUAGGGUUGAGAAGAUAUGCUUGGUACCCCAACAGAAGAGUAGGACCAUUUUGAUCAGUUUGUGCAGAUAUUUGUGUUGGACCAAGCUGAACCAGAUAGGCAAGGGUAACUAUAUCAAACAGCUAAGUUACAUGUUAGCCCCUUCAACUUACUGCAUGUUGAAAAAACUCUGCAGGACGUUUUCUUCCGUUAUGGUUGAUAAUCCUGAUCGCGCCUAAACUUCGUAGCAAAAUCUGUUGGCUUGGUAAAAUAAUCCAAAAUUGAAAUUUGUGUUGAAAUCAGCAAGUACAUCGUCUUCUCGCUGCAAAUUGUCUUUGGGAACCAGUAAUUACAGCAACAAGAAUCUUUAAAUUUAGGGCUCCCAGUCUGAGCACUCGCUAGUGAGUGAUUAGAUCUCUCUUCAGGCGGCAAUUUAGGAUGUUUGUGUCAAUCUAUUUUUGUCGCAUUAUCAUAGAGCAGACCAGGUGUGCAGAGGCGGGAAUGUGCUCGGAAUCUGUCGGCGUCUUUUUGUUUUUACGAGAUGUUUAUCCAUCAGUUCAACUUGAUUAGCUCCUCUUUAUGCCAUUGUGUUUCAUAGCAUGGCCAUCCAUCUUCCUGGAGGUGGUUAAGAUGUCAGCUGUGAUCCCCCCUCCCCCCCUCACAGCCCUGAUGCAAACGUGACAAACAUUCAAUUUGCUAAAUAAUAGGCCAUGUAAAAAUCUAAUUAAAUUGGAGUAAUCUACCAUGAAAAGCCUGCUGUUAAUGACGCUUGUAUCGCUUUCAUUAUUUACAGCAAAAUCCAAUCCAAAGAAUGCAAGCAGGAAAACCUCAGAAGUAGUUGGAGCAGAAACACUUGGCGUGGUUGUAGAGAUUUGGAAGUGAGAAUAAUUUUCUGUUUCUGCAACAUGAGCUAAAUCAUUCGGAGAAAACCCAACGUGAUAGAAUUAUAACCUCCGAAUUGAAGAAUUGGGGCUCUGUGGCAGCUGAGUUGAACUCCCAAAGUUUUAUUUUGAUACCAGUAAAAAUCAUCUGGUUUCACUUUAAAAAACCGACAUGGUCCUUUUUUCCUCCUCUUUCAAGCACAGAAAGAGUUCCCCGGCUGGAAACAAAAGAGGGGGGAACAGCCACUGUGGUUUUGACAUGGCCAGUGUGUGUGUGUAUGUGUGUGUGUAGAAGAAGAAAGGGGGGUUAACUCAUCUGAUUCCUUCAUGCCACUGUGGCAAAGGCUGUAUGUAUUGUCCUCCUGGUUUCCAUGACAACAGCUGCGGAGUAAGGAAAUCUUUCCUUCCUCCUCCCCCGCCUCCUCCUCCUCCUCCUCUUCUUCUUCUUCUUCUUCUUUCUUUUUGUCCAGUACCUUGUCAAAUUUCUCCCUCCCUCCUCUCCCCUCUCGCUCAGGCUUGUACAGACACGGUUUGCAGAGUUUUGGGUGGGGAAUGUUCAGGUAUGCGUCCACACACAUACACACACAUAAUCCGUCUGUGUGCGGCGGGUGUAGCAGACUUUAGGGAACAAUGAGUCUCAAAAAGAGACUUUCUUUCAAGAGGACCUGGAACUUCAACACUGUAAGUAAACUGUGGUUUGCCGGGUGAGCCUCCUUGUCCUCCUCCGUCUGGAGCGAGAGGACUCCUUUUGUUCAGUCAGCUGUUUUUCUCAUUAAUCUCCCUCUUUGUUGCUCGCCUCUUUCUCUCACUGAGAACAGCUGUUUGAAGCGGUGGGGAGUUGUUUGUUUGCGGGGUGCCGGAAUCAGUCUUGACUUGUGUAAAAAGUUUGGAAGUUUUUUAUCCUACUUGGGGGAAAGUUUUUAAAAGGGUACAUCUCAGCUUAGUUUCUGGAAGAGGAAAACAUGUCCAAACAAGCCUAAAAGAUUAAAGAGACACUUUGAAAAGGGGAGAAAGAGGUGCGAAUUAGUGACAUUUACAUUUUUGUGAAUACGGUUCAGGUUUCGGCUGAUUUCACAGGGCUAAAACUGUGCGCUUUGUCCUGGUGUUUGACUUCAGAUCACACACAUAAAUCUGUCUUUGUGUGAUCAUCAUCGUUCCUCCAGCAUGUGGUGUCUCAGGAUGCCAGACUGUGCGGCGUGGGGGCUGUACCGCAAUAAAGCUGGAGCAGCCUUUUCCAACCGGAGAGCCAAAUCCUUGCUCAGGGAACUCGCUGUGACUUGAAUUGUGAUUUUGUCCAUUUGGAUGAUAACAAGCAAAACGCUGACAGCUUUCAGAGGGAGUCCAGCUGGGAAAUGGGAUCUUUGCAAUCCGGCUUCCAUGAAAGGGAUCAAAGAGGGACUGUGGGUCGUGCAGAGCCACCCACAGUCGACCAGCUCGUCACCAGAGGUGUCAACAGAGGAAGGGAGUGUGUGUGAAGAGAGGCAAGAGGUGACGGUGUGCCGGGUCACCACUUUGGCCUGAUUGUAGUGGAGCUGAGGACAAGGAAGCAAUGCUGAGUUCGAAAACACACAGUGGUGUGUGUGGUCUGACCUCUGCAGCCUCUAAGACACACACCAACCUGUUUCAGCCUCACGUGGUCAACUUUUACAAGAAACACUUAGCUAUCGAUUGGUUAUCAGUCAUAUUUCUUCAUCUUUGUAUAUUUAAGCCUCUCAAAAGUGACGGUUUGUCACCUUUUUUUGUCAUGAAUGGACCGUUUCAACAGGUCCCUUUGGACUUUGGAGUUUGUAACAGUUAUCAUGACUUUUUAAAAGCAAACAACCAAGCAGUUUUUAACUUAUCCGAAAUUUUCUAACACUAAAAUGAUCCUUGGUUGUCCCAGGGAGAUUAAAUUAUUGACAACACGCGGUCAGGUGAUUCGCAGGAUUUUGCAACGCUUCCUUCGUAGCCUUCUGACGUAACUCAUGACUUAUUUGUCAUCCACAUAGCUUUCCUCUGAGCGGAGGCUUUAAAGAGGAGGAAUCGCUAUGACUCCUUGAAUUACUAUGUUUUCAAGACUGUCAUUAACCAAAAUCCUCCCACUCUUAUCUCAUAAUUGUGAAAAGACAAAAGUCCCACUCUUACAAAAAUUGGAUGUUUGUGAAAACAUGAGAAUGAGUUAAAUUUAGACUGACAAUUGACCUGUUUUUACGUAGAUUUACUCAAGUUUCUUCUUUUUGUUUUACAUAAUGGUACACAAACGGCUACUUUGUUCAAGAAAUAACUUUUUUGAAAGACUUCUUGAAGUUUUAAUUCAUUUUAUACAGCUCAACGUCAUCUGCUCCGCCAAAUUGCUUCAUGCCAUGCGCUGCAGACACUAAGAGCAUUACAAAGAAGUGAUUCAAACCAUGACAUCAGACCAUUUCUAACUCAUCCUCUGCAAUUUGUCUACACUUGAUGUUCUGAGAAAGAAUUACUGAAUUUAAAUCAGCACUUUGAUGACAGUCUCUCAGUAGUCGUCACAUCUUGGCUGUUAGGGCCCGUGUCCACUAACAACAUUUUUUGGUCCAUUUUCUAUCACAAAACCAUUUUAGUUCCGCAUUUUUCAUGCUGUGUGCAUCCUAAGUACAAAGACUUAUCUUGGUGUCGACCUUUUCUUUCCUUACUGGACUUCAAUUGAAAAAAGGUCAAACUUUUGAAACACUAAUACCGCUUCUCUAUCAUCUACCCGUCAAAAACCAAGAACUAGUUUUAACAACGAUGGUUAAAGUUUGUACAGAAAACAAACUACAACUUUCAGGUUUAGAGCUGCUGCUUAUGAUAUAACACAAUUUGUUUUACCAAUUGUUGUGCCUUUUUGUGUAAUUCCAUUAUAUAAAGACACAGCAUUUUAAAACAGACUCAACAGUCACUACAAAGGAAAGAAGUGAGAUGAGUGGGAGGGCUGUGAAAGAACUUUCAUAACUAGCAACAGUGAGUCCAAGUGAGCAGAACUCUGAAGUUGCUACAACUCUGUUAGUGGACUCAGGCCCUUAAUAUUAGAUGCUACUUUGAAAUGCAGUGUCCCCGUUUAGUUAGGAGACAAGUGAAGGAGCGAGUAGGACUCUGAUUCAUACUUUAAAAAGUUUCACCCUGGAUAGUUUUUGUCUUUUUCCAAACCGAGGUUUACGUCACAUUGUGUGAUGCCGGUCUUGUUCUUUAAAGUAAACCACAGCCCACUGUAUAUAUUUAAAGUCUGAGGUUUUGCUGUUUUUAGACCCAUAAAGACAGACAGAUGGAGUGGGUGUUCUCCCUGUUGUCUCUCCUCUGUUUCAGUCUUCAUGUUGGUCCUCAUGCUACCCACCCAUGAUUACUGUUCACAUACUAACCACCACAGAAGAAACGGCUUUUUGGGUGUUGACUGUUCAGGGUAGGACUCCGCAGCUGAAGGGGAGUUUUAAAGAGGCUGCGACUGACUAUUAGUGGUUCAGCGGUUUAUGUGUGAUACACGUGGUCACUCCCAAAAUGAGACAAAACGUCACGCCAAUGCACAUGACCGCGGUCAAUUGAGACAACUAGUCACAUUAGCAACAGCUACAAAAAGACAUGUCUAGGUUUCUGCUAUGGCUGAUUCAAUUCCUUGGAAAAUCUUGCCUAGAAGUAGUCGUCUUAGUCGUAUUGUAGUGUAAUAGUAAAGCUCUGCAAUUCUAUUAUAGUACAAAGUGUGUGCUCUGCUGUACCAAAGCACCAGCCUGGCAGAAAGAGCCGUGCUUGUAAGCAUUUAUCAGCCUUUAACAUUCACACUUUGAAGUAGCAGCUCAAAAAACACUCUUCUGCAAAUAGUCUCUCUUUUUCAGAUGAAUCCUCCAACGCACCCAAUUUUCAAGUGUUCUUGGACCAGACCUGAAGAUGCGCCUCUCAUCUCCUCCCCUGCAUUUAUUUGCGACCACAGCGUUCCACUUUGGAGUUUAAAAUCGCUCCUCAUUAGCCCCAUCGUGCUAACAGGUUUCUGGAAAUCUCAAAACUGGAGCCGUGAUUUCAGACUGAUGAGUUUCCGAGUUAAUAUUUGUUGAUCCACCUUAAGAUCAGUCACAGUUGGUGUCUUAUUUAGCUUUUUUUUUCUUUGGCAUAAAGUUGUCACAGUGAAAUUUCCAUCCCCACUAGGGGUCCUUCUGCUGUUUGCCCCCUAUUCAAGUGCAUCUGCACCCCUCCAACCCCGCAUUAGCAAGUGAAAGGAGGACCAUUACAUGGAGUGAUGGCCUCUUGAGCAGCUCAGCCUUGAUGAGCUCUGAUUUUAGCGAGUGUGGCCCGGCCUGGGAGUGUAAAAUAAGAAAUUAGGGGUGGGUCCUCAUGUGGAGGUGUGAACAGCUGUGUGUGGUGGAAGCCAGGGGGGUCCGCCCACUUACAAAUUAAUGGUCCUGUGUAAGGGGCAAAGAUCCAGCCCUUUGCCAGUAGCUCAAGCUCACACACUCACACCCAAAGACACACACACCUCAGAGCGAGUGGUGGGAUGCCGGAAGAGCCGCUGCUAUCAGCUCCAGUCUCUUGUCUCGGCGCAGGAGGUCAUGAGGGCAGCCUCUCACUCAUGUCUCUCUUUGUUCUCUUUCAGUCUGCUGCUUCCUCAGACGGCGGUGAGUACACUCUUUCAUUUCAUUGAUAAAAACAAAAAAAAAAAAAAGAAGUAAAAUCCGAGUUCAAUUAAAGUUAACCAACUUUCACUGACGUCUUUUAUUUGACUAACAAAGGGAAAUGCUUGUUUUACAUCCAGCUCUUUCACUGCCUGCUUUUUUUACUCCUCAUUUUCUCCUCUACCCAUAACACAGCACUUUGUAGCCGCUCAGUAAAAGAGUCUAAUAAAAAGACUCACUGUGCUAUUCACUGUAUUCAGCAUACCUCAUUAACAAAGGAUGUUUGUCGAGCGUGUUCUGGGUUACAGUCAGGGCUAGCGUGCGCUUCUGUCUGGUCUCUCUUUUCAUUGCAGUUUUAAUAACAUUUACUAACAAGCGGAUGGAGGAAGAGGAGGAGGAGGAGGAGGUGCAGCGCCGCUCUGCUUCAUUUUGCUCCUUUCACUGUAGAUGUAGAUCAGACAUGCACGGCUGUUUGCUUUCUAAAGCUGUCUCAUUAACUGAGCAGCGCACAAUGUGGAUCUCUGAGCGUUAAAACAUAAAGGGAAAACAAGUGGCCUGUGAUGUUUGGACUCUAAUUUUAAAGCGGUGAAAUUCUCUGAUGGAUUUACUUGUUUUAGUUUUAAUGGUACAGAAAGGCUUAUUGCAAAGGAACAAUGACCUACUGUAGGUUUUAAAAGUUCAUACAAAGGUUACCUGAGUCAUAAUCUGAAAGAGCUCACUGUCAGGCUGUUACUGAUGUCACGCACUAUUUACAGUGCUUUUAUUUCACCGCACUAUAACUACACCUAUUUGAAACCCGCCCUACCAUUUCUGCAGCCAUGCAAGCGACAUAAAGAUAAGCAGCAUUCCCUAUUCAAACACUCCUGCUCCAAACAGCAGAGAUUCACUUAGUUAAUAGCGGUUUCCCGUGACGACCAGUUGCGUCUCUGCAGAAUGAAAACAGUAACAAGUCCCGCUGUGACCCUUUUGUUUUUUCUGUUUUUACUGUAUGCUCCCUGCAUGCACUGCACGCAGCUCUAAAGUGGCCAUCUGCUGCCAUGAUAGCAGGUACUGAGCAGGACGAAAUAACCCCCCACUGUAGCUGUGCACUGGUUCCUGGAUCCUUUUUGUGUCCUUUAAAUCAGCCGUGUCUCCUCUCCUUUUCUUUCCCCUGUUUUGCAUGGCUCCUUUUAGCUGUACGCUGUUUGCUCCUCUUUUCUAAAAACUAAGUGACAUUGGCUGUUUCUCUUUUUUGAGAUGCAGUCAAACAUGUUGGCUUUUCUUGUUACAUGUCUUUGAACUUUGAUAUUCAGCAGUGGAGAGUGCAGCAAAGGGUACAGUAAAGAGCCAUUAGCAUCCCUUUCAAACCCCUGACCUUUAGCUUUACAGUCUUGUCCUUUUCUCUGCUUGUUAUUGUGCUUGGUGCUUUUGUACGGCACCUUUUGGCCCCUUUGUGUCUAGAUUGUUUUAUGACCAAGACCUCCCCUUUUAAAAGGAUCAAGUCUCGAAAAGUCUAAUAAAUUUCAGAUUAACUUCUUGCCUUUACUUUUUCCAUAAAUCUUAAGGUCCUUACACAUUGGGAGUGACGCAAAAUUACGAAAUAUUCGAAGACGAAUUUUGACACGCCAGACUAUACACAUCAAGCACGAUGCGAUUUUGCAACUUUACGGAGGAAAAAAAGACGUGUCCCGGAUGGAAGCGAGAAGACUGACACAACAGCAGACUGACUGUUUUUCAGUUCUGAUUAGACACUAGUGUUGAGAUGUCUGUCUGUCAUGAUAGCAUGUACUGAGUCGGGGCCAGUACCAGAUAAGAACAUUAAACUAUAAUCCAUAAACGUAAGGUAACAACCGAGACCUAAUGGUGCUGUGACAGCAACACUGUGAUUGAGUUUGAGACAGUGAAAAUACAUAUGGUAUGUUGUAUCUGAACAGGUUAGCUUAUGAGCUAAAGUUACUUAGCACAGAUGAAAGUUAAAACAAAGACGUUUAGUAAACUGUUAAAGCACACAAACCAUCGUCAUAUGAGAAAUCCGACGCUAUGACUCUCCGAAAGUUGUCUUUGUAAUGUUUGUGUCUUUUAUCAAAAACACUCUGUUCUCCGACACGUAAACAAUCAGCCGGUCGGCCAUGUUGGAUAUACCGGUGAAUCUGACAUCGCAACAAUCUGAAGUGGACAAACAGUAUGCGAAACUUAAGAAAACUCGACCGUGAUACGAAAAAAUAAAUGCCGCAAUAUCGCAGGACGGGAAAACGUCGCUGAUGUGAACGCUUGUAUUGACAGGAUACGGGGUUGAAAAAAAUAUUGACGUCCGAAAUAGUCACACGAAAAAAAACGCUCCUGGUGUGAAAGGACCUUAAUUGUUAUGGAAAUCUUUGGAAAGAAUACAGAGUCACUUAGCUUACCUUUAAAAAUAUAAUCAACUUGAAUCAAGCUAAAAAAAAAGGCCAAAAAGAAUUAGAAAUAAAAAAACAACACAGUAUUUUUUUCCUAAAGAUGUAAAGGGCACAAGUCUUCCUCUUGGCUUGAGUUAACUUCUAACAUCAGAGCUCUCUGACCUUUGCAUGUUUCUUUCCUGUAGACUACAGUGGAGUCCAGUUGCAGGGAUGCUGCAGCCAGAGCAGCCUGAACAGUAAUGGCAGCCUUCCAGGCGCAGGCAGCCACAGAGGGCUUCCAGAGCAGCGUGUGGCCAGCUGGGCCACCUGCUUCGAGCGUCUCCUGCAGGAUCCCGUGGGCGUGCGCUACUUCUCGGUAAGAAGAGAGAGAAGUUUGUUGAGCUGAAUUUUGCUAAACUUUAGCAAACAGACAUUAUUAUACUGCAGACUUAAGACUUGGCAAACUAUUUGAUGACAAUAUUUGCUGUAAAUCUUAGUCAGUGUGCAGAUUUUCUUAAACUGGACGCUACAAAGUUUGUGACAAAUCCCCUGUUUGUGUGUGUGCAUUUAGUUUUAAUACAACAUCAAACCUCUACCCUCGUCUUGAUCGCCCCUCUAUUUAUGCUCCUGUUCCUCCCACACAAAGUAUGUGCCUUUUGAAAGUAGCCCACAACACCUUCAGAAGGUGCAACAUUAAGUUCUGGCAUCCCAGAUCCACCUCCCCUCACCACCGAUCAGAGCCACGCUCGCCCACGCUACCCUGCGCCCACACUUACACCACACUUGUUCACAACAUUACACCCAACGAUUUCUUCCCUCACCACUGGUCUCAAAAAAAAAAGAAAAAGAAAAAGAAAAAGCAGAAAAUAUAGCAACAACAACAGCCCUGAAAAGAUGAGAAAUCUCUGAUCUGUAGUUUGAGGCCUUAUAGAAGUUGUUACUGUGUCUCUGCAGGAAUUCCUCAAGAAAGAAUUCAGUGAAGAGAAUAUCUUGUUCUGGCAGGCCUGUGAAUACUUCAGCAAUGUCCCUGCAACUGAUAAAAAGCAGGUAAGUUCUCAGUGUGAAGAUACACAUGCAGCUGCUUUUGGAUGUCCGCAUCAUUUCCUGUUAAAAGUAAAUUUAUGAUAAAGUGACAUUUGCUCCACAGCAGUGCUUCUGAGAGAUUUAGCUCCCUUAAAGAUAUAAAUUAAUGAUUUUUCUUUAAAAUCUAUGGAUUGGAUUUUUUUAAUUAGGAAAGUAUGUUUUCUUCCUUUACUGGCUGUUUAAUGUUGCUCCUUAAAUGUACUUAUGCAUGGGUCUGAAGCCAUUACUUUAAGAACGGGAAGCAAACAUCUAUUUACAAGGUUUCAUAUUAAAUAACAUUAGUUUGCAAAAUAUGUUGAUUAAACAGUAGAUAAGGAGACAUAGAGCAACAUUAUUUUCUUGUUAUAAAAAAUCUUAAAUCCCAAAUCUCUGCCUUCCAGCUGUCUCAGAGAGCUGGAGAGAUCUACAACAGCUUCCUGUCCAGCAAGGCCACCAUGCCUGUCAACAUCGACAGUCAGGCCCAGCUGGCUGAUGACGUCCUCACCUCCCCGUGGCCCGACAUGUUCAAGACGCAGCAGCUACAGGUACAGACAAAACCCCUGUCUCAGUGGGCUUAUCUUUUAAAGAACCGCAAUAUGGUGGUUUUGUCUUUUUCGAGACGUCUCUCUCUAGUCGAUUUUCCUCUGAGAGGGAUUCUGUGUGCAGUAGGGGGUUUGCUCUCGUUUAGUCUUGACUCACUCCGCACAAGCAUAUUGGGUUUUUCUGUUCGUGGCCAUCUGGGUUUGUUUACGAAAGGGCUCUGAGUCUUUACCAGAGAGAUAAACACAAACUGGCACACACCCACAGAGAAUGUUGUAGCACAUACUGCACGCUCAGACUCAUAGACAUGCAGUCAGAGGUGUGUAUGUUUGCAGCCUGCACACGAGCAUGAUAAGAGGACUGCGAGGACACCUGUCAUAACAAAAUCUGUAACCAUAUGUUAACACUAGUAGUUCCUCCUAUCCCAUAACUGUAAGCCAUCACUUAUGUUGUCUCCUUCCUCUGAUGUCUGUUUCUCUUUCACGUCUGUAGAUCUUCAAUCUGAUGAAAUUCGACAGUUACUCCAGAUUCCUCAAAUCCUCCCUUUACCAAGAGUGUAUACGCGCUGAGGUGGACGGUCGACCCCUUCCGGACCCCUACCACAUCCCCUGCAGUCCCGCGCCAUCCAAACACAGCGCCAGCUCAGACCGCUCCACUCUCUCCACUCCCAAAAAGGUGCCGCUUUUUCGCUGUUUGGCUGCACCGAAGGGAGGCAGAUGGUGUUAUGUGGUGAAUCAUUCAAGUUAAAUCUUUGUUUUUUUGUCUUCAAACAUCAGGAGGCCAGGAAGCAGAGAUCAGGGAGGUCCCUGAACGAUGAAAGCAGGGAUGAGAGCGCCGACAAGAAACGCGGCAUCUUCUUCUCGUGGUCACGCAACAGGAGCUUCGGGAAGGGACCCAAGAAAAAGGACAUAGGGGACAUUAACCUCGGUGAGGGGUCGAUUAAAACGCCUCUGUCUCUGAAAGCCCCGCUGUUCAAAAACUUUUGCAGCACACAAACUUCCUAACCGCUGAUGUAUUCCUGAACAAGACACCAAAUCACUGCCAGCUCCUGAGAUGAGCUGCAUGCGGGGGAGGCGUGUAGAAACACAGCUGCCCUGCAGUGAUCAAAGUAUUGCUCAGACUCUGCUGGUACACUGGCAAAAACAUACUUGUUAAAAAUGUUACAGUCUGAUACGCUGAAGAAGCAGUGGUCCAGAGAGAAGCAGCUUAAAAUGAUGUUUAAAACGGUGUAAAAGGCAGUCAUUUUGUCGUAGUCGCGGUGAGCUGAUGUUGGAAUUCAUCAGGAGAUAUUCACCAGUGUAAGUGGGCGGGGAUUAUGACGUUAAAAGCAUGCGCAAGCCAGGAAAAGUGAUAUGAGAGGAUGAAUAAAAACACUGAGGUUGGAGAAGGAGUGAUAAAGUCAAAGCUAAAAACAGCAGAGAUCCACCUGUUUGCUCAUAGCAUUGGUAGAAACGCUAACACUGUCAUCACAGAGUUGUCCACCAUUAUGGUACAAACUUUGGCGUCCACAGUGUGUUUCUGACUCUUACAGGGGCGUGCAUGAAAGAGCAACUUUGGAAAACUUUAGAGACUCCUUCAACUUAGAAAUUAUGAGGAGUGCAUGUUUGAAAGACACUUUAGAGUGACCCAUUUGGCGAACACGGCAAGAAAAACUUCUUUUUACUGGCGGAAAUCUUGAGCAAAAACCACACUCAUUAUAAAAGCCAUCUGCCAGACUUAGCAGGACUUCAUUUAUUCAAACGGCUUUAUUAUGUCUUUGACUUUUGCUUCUUUUGGCUGAAAUUUUUUACUGCUGCUUUUUUUGCCGCCUGUUUUUAAGCACUGUGGCGUGCGUUACUGAAAUGUCCCGUGUUGUAUGAAGUAUUAAACAAAUAUACUUGAGUUGAAGUUUAGUUACCUUACCAGAAAAGUCAAAGUCUUCCAUGAGAAUUCUAUUCAAGUCGAAGUCUUAAAGUAUAUCACAUUCUCUCUACUUAAGUAUCAAAAGUACUUUAAGUAAAAGUACGAAGUAUCGCUUGAGUGACUGAUCGACGAUGAUCAAGUGCAAUGCAAAUCAACAUUAGGCAAAAGGAGAAAAAGGUAAUUUUCCCCCUACUCGCUGUCAUGGUGACGAAGUAAAACUACUAGUAGCGAAAAUGCUUCAGUGAAAUGUCAUGGAGUUAAAGUAUACUUUUAUUUUUAGAAAUGUAGUCAAGUAAAAGUAAAAGUAGCGGGCACAAAAUAACUCCAGUGAAGUACAGAUACUUCAAAAAGUACUGCACAUAAGUAUUGCUACUUACUUACCAUACAACACUGGAAAUGUCCCUUUAAGACAUGCCAACUUUUAAGCAAUAUUUGGCAUAAAUCAUUAACAUUAAUUAAUUAGAAUUAAUCAUCUGAGGUUAUUUUUAACCUAAUAUGAAUUUCACACUUCAGCUUCGACAUAAAUACCCCUCAGUGAAUGUUAUAGCUCUCAGAUAUAUAAAGAAACAUCUGUUGUUUUUCACAAACACCUUCCUUAAUGACUCACACCUUUAAACCUGCCAAGACUGAGUGGUGAAAAUUUACAAUCACAAAAGAAAAAACAAAUUGUUCUAAUCCUCCCUCCGCCUCCAUCCUGAUGUUACGUUGGUUUUUUUUAAAUGUCAUCUGAAUGUGAGUUGUGCGCUGAUAUGUCUUAUCUGAAUGAGCUCCUCUUCCUGUGUGCAGACUACUGGGGCAGUAAUGGGCGGAGGGAGUCCCAGGGCUCCUUGUCGUCCGGUACCAGCCUGGAGAUGGCCACUUCCUGUUCGGCUGGCAAGAUUGAGGUAAGAUUCCUCUGGACAGAUCACCAUGGCAACUCAGAGAGUUCAAUAUCUGGUGAAGUCAUUGUAACUGGCCAGAGAUGUUUAUUUUUUUAUUUUGUGCCUGUCAGCCCACUCACUUUUUUUGUUUAUAGAUGGAAUAAAUCAGAGGGUGAAGCUACAAUUACGACAGAAAAUAACUAUAUACACUUGACACAAGCGGUACUUCUUGUUAAAUUAAGCCUCUGAAUCAUCUUAAUUAUGUAUCCUCAGGCUGAUAAUCGCCACUCAGUCGGAGUGUGGGAACGCUCGCCCAAACACUGCAGCGUUUUGCUUCCAGACGGUUCCUGUUCCUCCAUCGCUCUGCGGCCCGGCGCUUCCAUAAGAGAUGUACUCCAAGAUCUCUGUCACAACAUCAGCGUCAACAUCGCUGCUGUCGACCUCUUCCUGGUGGGAGGGGAGAAGGUGAGGGGUGGUGGAGACUGCCAAUGGCUACUAGAGUGUUAGGAUGAACACAGUGAAGGGAUGUCAAUGCUACAGAAAGAAAACCUGACAGUAGUACAGCUGAAAGGGUCCCCUCAAGCACAUCAUUCCUACAACUUACUUUAAAUCGACCAAGGUCAGAAGAUCUGGUUCAAGUUGUCUAUGAUCCAUCUUACCAUAUAAGAGUAGGGUCCAUAUCCUUCCUGGGUCACCCUCAAUUCUCCAACUGAUGAUCAUUCUGGCUGAUUGUAGUAAUCCAGAUCAUUAAAACUUUCUGUUUUUGGUCCCUCCUCAUAGUUUCUUAUCUUGCUUUUACUCUUUUAAUGAGAUGUUUCUGGUUUUUUUUCGAACCAAUAACCUGUUUUUAAAUUCCUUUACUGUGAAAUUCGCUUGAUGCAAAGGGCACUACAAAUAAAACACAUUAUUAUUAUUAUUGUAAUUUGAGCCUGGCUUUUUGUACGAGAAUCUUUUGCUUGAAAAAACAAACAAAAAUAUUCCCAUCACAUUUUAUAUGAGUGGUUUGAUGUGAUUUUUUUCAUAGUUUAUCACUGUAGAUGUUUUCGGAAGCAUGAUGUACUUCUUCAGGAUACACUACUGUAGAAAGAUGUGAGCAUUUAGUGUGUAUUCUGUUUUUAACUUUUCACUUUUUCUUCCCCCUGAAAGCCUCUGGUUUUGGACCAGGACUGUAUGACCCUCAGCUCACGAGAAUUAAGACUGGAAAAGCGGACCCUCUUCAGGUAAUCCAUGUUUGUUUUGAGAAGCACUUCUUCUCUUCAUGCUUAUUCGUCUCCUCCAACAGUUUUUUCUGUAUUUCCUGUUUUCUAGAUUGGACCUGGUGCCCAUCAACCGCUCUGUGGGGCUAAAAGCCAAACCCACCAAACCAGUCACAGAGGUCCUGCGUCCUGUGGUGGCCAAAUACGGCCUCCACCUCAGUGAUCUUGUUGCCAAAAUAGUAAGUUCUCCCUUGGUGGCUUCGGUGCCUUGAUUUCUUUGAAGCUGCAGAGUGUCGGAGGGCAGCAUGUGCAGUGUGUGACAGUGCCACAGGGUGGAGCAUCGUGGUCAGGGGAGGGAAGCAACCGCAUCCUUUUCCAUCUGUACACGGUGGUUACUGCAGUGAGUCAGCCCAGCCUCCUAAGACGGGGAAGUAGGGUUAUAAUUAAGGAUGACGACACUCCUUAAACAUGCCGACUCUUUACCCUUCCCCAGACGAUUUAUUUUCGCCCUGUGGGUUUCUAAACAUUAUAUCUGUAUUAUAUAGCAGAUCAGAGCUGGAAGAUGGUUUAUAAACUAAGAGGAGGAUGGAGGAACUUCUACAUAUUUGGAUUUCUGCUCAACAGGUGAGGCUGCUAACAUGCUGACAAUGUAACUGUGUUUUGAUUUAGAGCGGAGAAACUGAGCCUCUGGACCUGGGCGCCCCCAUAUCCAGUUUGGAUGGACUGCGAGUUGUGUUGGAGCGAGCAGACCCUGCUUCAAGCAAAGGUGGGAUACUUCUACACAUGUAAUAAUAUUUUCACAUGGAUUUAAAAAAAUAGAUUUUAUAUUUUAUGAAGCAAAAUCUCCUUUUCUUUCCUCACUCAGAUAAAUCAAAGUCUUCCUCUUUGAAAGGCCACCCUCCAACCAGGAGUUUUUCUGCGACAGUAAGUACUCGCACCACCUUCACCCAGUCUACCACAUGUCACAUCAGAACUGAGUCCAGAUUAUUUUACCCUUCGCUAUCGCUGUGCCGCUUCUGCAACAUUCAGUUUGAUUCAGUUUCUCACACAAAUCUUUAUCGUCCGGUCUUGUGUGUUUUUCUCCUUCUUCUUUUUAUUCUGAUUAUUUCUGUUUUAUUUUUGUUCUUUUAUUUUUUUUGCCCUAACACCGCCUGUGGCUGACUCACUCACUCAUAUUUCUCAACGCUUGAGUUAUGGCUCCGUAUGUAGGCAGACAGCACUCGCUCUAGCAAGGUCAGCUAUGACACAGAUGGACCGGGCUGAUCCCUACGCGAGGGUCUCGGUAAAUCUGGACCCUCCGCUCAGUAGGGUGCUUGGCAGCUCAUGCUUAGCUUCCCUCCCCUCCCUCCCUACCUCCCUCUCUUCCUCCACCACCUCCCCAUCCCUCCAUCCCCUAACAGAGUGCAUUGUUAUUGUUGCAUCUGCAGGGAGAUGAGAGGUCAACACCAAAGGACUUUUCUGUGAGAGCAAGUGGACCAGACUCAGGACUUCCAGGGGAAAAGAGAAAACAGAAAAAGAUUAAUAUAGAUGAAGCCGAAGGUAAAACCCCCUCUUCUUUCUUUCUCUCUUCUUCUAUCUUUUAUCUACUCGGUGGUUUUCUUAGCUUUGCUUUGCUGCAGGACUAACUGCGUAGAUAUUUGCAGCUCUGAGAGGUGAUGUUUUCUGUCAGGUGUGAGGCUGCUUUGCUGCAUGUUAAACCAGACUAAUCCUUUUCUUCGAGGCUUGUUCGGAAAACUUGGAGUGAGGAAACUCUCUUGAUGUGUUUCACAGAAUUCUUUGAGCUGCUGAGCCGUGCGCAGAGCACCCGAGCCAAUGACCAACGCGGACUCUUGAACAAAGAUGAUCUGGUGCUUCCUGACUUUCUACGCAUCUCUCCACCUGAGCUGGCAUGCUCCACCCCUGACUCCCUGAAACAGACCCGGGAGAACGGCAUCUCCUCAAGGGGGGCCCUUACUUCCAGUCUUCGUUCGGAGAGUCUGGACUCUUCCCUCAGCUCCAGCGCCAACGGACACUCCGCAGCCAGGCGCUGCCUCUUACCCCCUCCUCGCCACCCAACUUUUGGCACCCACCUGUCCCCCAUCUCCCGGCCUUUGGACACCCGACCAAGCCUCCGCACUGUAGAGGAGGACACACACACCGACCUGACAUUGGUCGGGGAGGGCGACAUAAGCAGCCCUAACAGCACCCUGCUGCCGCCGUCCCCGUCCCCGAGGCCGUCCUUUGAGAGCAGCCUGCCUGAAGCCAACUUCACGCCGCCGCCACCCUGCUCCGAGCCUCAAGAGGCGGGCAGAGAGGAAAAGUCCAGCUCAGGUAUUUCUACAGUGUAACAACCAGUGCACCAUGUGUUUGCGUGUGUGUCGUUUGUGCGUGUGUGCGGUCUCCCCCCCUGAAUGUGGUCAAAACCCGACCACGACUUCACAGAAACACUCCCUCUACACUGACUCUGAUGCACUUUAAAGACAAAUGAACCACGUUUACCCCGCGGCCACUUUACUUUUCACCUACACUCACUGAGAUCUACAUAUCUCAGACAAACAACCAACUUUCAACCGUUCUACUGGACAUCAAAAGCUAGGAAAUGACUGAAAAGGUUAUUAAAAGACAUUAGAUUCCUCGCUAAGAUCAGUUUUAGUGCAGAUAAUCGGCUUUAAAAUAUGUCGUUUCAUGUUAAAAUAAAGCCAGACUCCUUACAGUGUGGUGUAAAAAAGGCCGCCGUGUAAACAUGGUGAAUUGGUAAUUGACUCUCUCUCAGUUUGCCAGUCAUUUUAAACUCAUGUGUUUAAACAAACUCGGCGAAGCAUGCGUGUGAUUUAUCCUCAGUACACGUGUAAAUAGUGAUGUGUAUAUUUUGUUCAGUGAUUUAUGUUUACUUAGAUGUCACUUCCCAUGCCACAAAUUGCUGGGUCUUCCAUACGACUUGGAUUUAAUUACUCCAGUUAAAUAUGUUGUUUAUUUUGAGGUUUUUCGGGUGCGAGAGACGUCGGCGACGGCAGUUUAUUAUCGCUAAGAAUCAUCGCAUACAGAUUAAUGACUGCGGCGAGUGGAUGAACACGAGAUUAUAAUACAGAACAUUUGAAAGUGAUGCGAUUAGCAGCUGUUUCCUGGCAUUACGGCUUCAUUAUGUACAAUUAGAAAUCAUCACAGCAAAAACCAGACCCCUGAAAUUGUUUUGAUGUUGGACCUUUAAAUGCUGAACACUCAAACCAAACAAAUGCUGUAUUCCUCUCCAUCAUACCUCCUCUAGUUAAGAGCAAUUCAACAAUGUCAGUGUCAAAAAGCUCCUUUUUUGUUUUUUUUCUUACGCAAUUCUCUGAGUCACUGAAUGGUGUCAGCUGCUUCUGUGGCAAUUUGAGCAAUCGUGAAAAUAAUUAGUCAUGGGAGGACGAGUGCUCCUCAAGCUCUGGUGACAUUGUUGAAUCGCCUGUCUUUCCUGAUCAGGGUCAUCCACUCCCUCCCGAGAUGCCUGUUGUAGAUAAUCACUGCCAAUAAACUCUGUACCUGUGAUUGAGUCGAUCUAAUAAAUGUUAGAAUUGGAAAUCACUCUUGUCUGUCUUUUUACACGUUUGUCAGCUCGGUUUUUCUCCCUCCACCUCCUCCUCCGCAUGCCCUCCCAAGCCCUCCUUCCCUCCCUCCCUCCGCUCCAUCUCGUUUUGUCUUGUGGCUUCUUCCUCUCAUCCGCUCCCACUCAUUUUUGUGUACUUUCCUGAGUGUGCUGGUUUCAGGGUGUCGCUGUGCGCUCCGCUCUGUCUGUUGUGGUUUGCGCGGUCUCGUUACGUGUUGCUCAGUGUACCUGCUGCUUGGUUUGUCUUCUGAUGGGGGUCAGUGCGGUGUUGUGUGUGUGGCAUUGCAUUGUGUCUGUUUCGAGUCCAACUUGUCAGAGCUUGUGUGGCUCAUCAUCGUCAUCUCCUGCAGACUGGUUUCACUGCCUGUUCCCUGCAUUUACUCAUUUGCUUGCUUUUUACUGAUUAUGUUGCAAAGAUUUGAAGAUUGAUUUGUAAUGGUGGUGGUUUUUAUUUUCAGUAAAUCAACUAAAGCCAAGAGCUUUCUGUGUUGAGAUGUCCAAUUAGAGACACGUUUUUACUCUUGGCUUGGAGUCAAAUCCCAGGAAGCCUCCUUUGACUCUCCGCAGAAAGAGAAGAUAAUCACGACGACGCUUCAAGCCGACGUGUUUCUCUUACAGGAAGAGGCACACCUUGAAUAAACAGCCCAGCAGUAAAUGUAAGGUGAUAUGUACACAAGAUGAUGAAGAGGAAUCGAAGCCUUUCAGCUCCUCUGACGAUUCGCUCCUCUUUUUUUUUCUUUUUUUUUUUUUUUCCUGGUUGCUAAGUGCAUCUUCCCACCACCGGGCGCCAUGGUAACCUUAUCCACCAGUUUACUGAGCCACAGAUAGAAACUGUCACUAUUGGUUUUCAUCUAUCUGCCAGCCUCUGUUACUCUUCUUCUCUAAACACAAGCACACACGUAGGGUACACAUCCUUUUUUUGAACUUGCUGACUCUGUGAAGGAUCGGCAAAUAUCAUGAUGCAGCAACUUUGCAACUUUUCAGAGACUUUAUAAAGUUAGAAGUGAAAAGUUUGGGGAGAAAAGUCACUCACACUCUUGAUAAGUCUCAAAGAAACAAACACAGUAAUAUAAAGAAAGUUAAAUCCCAUCAGUCCAAACAAGUUUUCAGAAGUUUUCCUCUUUUUUUCUGUCAGCCCUCCUCCUCCUGUAGUUUGGUGUUGCUGUUAGACUGACGCCCUCUGCUGUUUUAGGGGAAUCGAGCUCUGAGGGCAAAACACACAGAGCCUUGAAAACAUGAGCUUUUAGAAGAGGAAAGUAAACAUGUGGAGCUGCUUUAUCUGGUUAGCAAAAGGGGAAAUUAGAGGAUCUACAACAAAGUGAAUUUUUUUAGAAAUGAUUGAAAAUAUUAAAGCCAGAUGGUGACACUGAAGUUCCUGUUCGGACCAAACGAAGGCUCUACAAUUUUCAAAUUUACUUUUAAUGUCGUCUUUCCCUUUUUUCAAACCUUUUUCAUACUUGUUUUUAAAAACCUUUUCUGUCCUUUUCUGUCUUUCUUUCCUCUUCAAUUUCUUUCAGUCUUCUCAGCCUUCUCGUAUUUCUUUCUUGUUUAUUAUCUCUUUAACGCUUGACUUUUUCCUUUUCUUUUCUUUCCUUAUUUAUCUGAUUUGUCUCAUUCCUCUUCUUCCUGCCCCUUUUUUUACUCCUUUUAUUCAUCCUUCCUGUCUUUCUCUCCUACUCUCCUUUAUUUAUUCAUUUAUUUGUCAACUAUAUUUUUCUUACCUCUCUUUUCUCCUUUGUCAUUUUCCUCCCCUCCCUUUGUGUUUUUGUUCCUGUUUUUGGCCUUAAUUCUUUCUACUUUUCUGUCUUUCGUUCUUUCUUUCUUUAUUAAUUUCUUUCUUUUUUAUCACCUAUAUAUUUCUUACCUCCUUUUUCUCCUUUGUCAUUUUCCUCCUCUACCUUUGUGUUUUUGUUCCUGUUUUCGGCCUUGAUUCUUUCUUUCUUUCUACUUUUUUGCCUUUAAUUGAUUCCUUUUUUUCCUGUUUCUUAUUUUUUCCUUCCUUCUACCCUCCUCUCCUCUAUCCUGCCUUUUCUUCUUCUCCCUUUCUGCUUUUCUUAUUCUUAAUCCCUUUUCUUCUCUUCUUCAUUUUCCUCUUCAUCCAGCUUUUCAUCCUUGUAUUUCUGCUGCACUUCAAACCAACAAACAGGCUCCUCUUCAUGUCAACCUCAGGACUGUAACUCAGUGUUUUUGUCCUCCGAGGUAGUUUAUGGGUUCAUCCUCUUAGUUAUGUAACAAUCAGGUGUAAAAAAAAGCAGUCUAUAAAAUCAAAGACAAACAAAAAGUCAGUCACAUCUUUGUUUGCACGGUCACUUCUCAUUUAAACUCUUAUCACUUCUCUGAGCCUGGCAGGUGGUGCAGUCUGUGGGCUGAAUCAACAGGGAUUAUGGCAACCACUAGGGGGCGACAUUGCAUAGUGUAACUAUGUUCUGCAGACUGAUCUGAACUCAGUGCACCGAACUUUAAACUCAGGCAAAAAAAAACGCACUAUCAUAAAAAGAAAUGAGGGAGAAAAACUUUAAUUUAACACCAGUUCAUCCAGAGAUUGUGAUUUCUUUCCUUUUUUAGAGUCACUCAGUCAGAUUUUAAUUCAGAGAAGCAAAGAAAAGGAGAUUUUUUUUGUCUAUACAAAGAAGAUGAAAGGAUUCCUGGGAGAAAAUUGGUUAUCUUGAAGAAAAAAAAGUGCUCUGAAAUGACUCCCUUUCAGCAGAACACCAGAGGGAACAUACGGCUCUGCUUGCCUUCAGGCUCAUUUUCACUCUCCUCCUCCUCCUCCUGUCUCUUGUGUCAGCUCUCAAAGCUGGCAGCCGCUGACCCCGAGUCAUCCUUAUCAUCCAUGUGGCCGUCAGAGGACGACUGAAAGUUGGCAGUCAGUCUCGGAGAGGACUGUGGCUGGAUCUUUGCCCAGUCUGGCUGAUCCGCGUCAGCUCUUGACGGCUGACAUGCUGAGUGGUGAGAGUCACUGAAGGAGGCAUGAUCUCUUUAAACGGCUGUGUCGAGAUAUCGUCUGUCACAUCGCAGGAAUCAGCAGGAACAGAACUUUUCUGGUGGGGUGGCAGAGAUGGAAAGAAACAUACGUAGAGUCUCCUGAAUGUGUCAGUUUUACUUUGGAUGUUUAUGCACCAGAUUUGGUGUCAUAGUAGGACCAUCUCCUCUUGGGGGAUGCCUGCUUGAGUCAGCUCAGCCCUUCCCACUUAAACCUCAAACUUUACACUAGCAGUUUAUUAUAAGAGAUGGGAAAUAAGGCAAAUUACACACUUCUUAGAUUUCAGUUCCUGGACACCAACUAAACAAACUUCACAUUCAAAGACUGCAACCUUUAUUGUGAGUGUUCGUGUACAUGUCCUGUAGUGGGUAUUCUGAGUGUCUGGAAGGUCAGCUGUGAGGUUUCACAGGCUCUGUUUACAUCCGAGCUGAGCAGCAGUGAAUCACAGUCUCUCACUUGAAAGAGUGUGUGCGCUGAAGAGCUGGGUUUGAGUCACCUUGGCCCCCUGUGUUUAGAGUCAGGGGGGCCGCAGGGUCCACAUGAGCUUACAAAAGUUGACCUGUUAUGAAAACCUACAAAAAUCAGAAAGAGUUUUGAGUUCCUUUGGAUUAUCUUGUGCUUGUUGACUCCUAAAGUCAGAUUUAUGUCAUCAGUUCUUCGUUCUUCUUGAACUGGCAGGCAGAUUCAGCAAGUUACACCAUCGAUUGCAUCCUGAAAACAGCUGCCCACAUUACACAGCUAUACAUUAUACAAACAUAUUAAGCUAAUGUGUUCAUUUGAGUUAAACCGCAUGAUUACCCACACAAUGGGCCACAAAUGUCCCGCGUCCUAAUGAUCUGAAAUCUUGUGUAGUCGAGCUGAACAUCUGGCUGUCAGGCACUUUGAGUGAAGUCAUUGCUCAGCUGCCUGCAAGUUCAAGUGAAUCAAAGAGGAUCAGAGGUGCAGCUUCAACCUGUUAACCUGAUUCAAAGACUUCUUAGUUCUCAGUUACAUAUUCACUCAAUGUUUCUCUUUUUCUUCAGAUCCGAGCUCCAACACCAAAUCCCCUGACGCUGCGCAGACGGUUCAGGAGGUAAUGGACGUGGAGGGGGUGCAUCUGGAGGAAGGAACCCUGGAAACAUCCCAGGGAGAGGACUCUGAGCUCAGCCUGAGCUUCCAGGGCUACGUGGCCGAGCUGCGGCAGUGCCAGAGCAAGAUGAGGAACUCCCAGAUGCCCCAAAAUGGCCGCAACCCACCUGAAGGCACAGACUGUCAGACAGACCUUUUCAAGGCCACGGUGGUCUAA